AUGACCGAAACCACCAAGACCCACGUUAUCCUUUUGGCUUGUGGCAGCUUCAAUCCCAUCACCAAGGGACAUAUUCAGAUGUUCGAAAGAGCCAGGGAUUAUUUGCACAAGACUGGAAGGUUUAUCGUGAUCGGUGGAAUUGUUUCUCCUGUCCACGACUCCUAUGGAAAACAGGGGCUGGUGUCUAGCCGACAUCGUCUGAUCAUGUGCCAACUGGCUGUCCAGUCUUCUGAUUGGAUCAGGGUGGACCCCUGGGAGUGCUAUCAGGACACAUGGCAGACAACCUGCAGUGUGCUAGAACACCACCGGGACCUCAUGAAGAGAGUGACCGGCUGCAUCCUUUCCAAUGUCAACACACCUUCCAUGACCCCGGUGAUUGGACAGCCACAACAUGAGACAUCCCAACCCAUUUAUCAGAACAACAAUGUGUCCAAUAAGCCCACUGCAGCAAAGAUCUUGGGGAAGGUGGGAGAAAGCCUGAGCCGAAUUUGUUGCGUCCGUCCACCAGUGGAACGUUUCACUUUUGUUGAUGAGAAUGCCAAUCUCGGCACGGUGAUGCGGUAUGAAGAGAUCGAACUUCGCAUCUUGCUGCUCUGCGGCAGUGACCUGCUGGAAUCCUUCUGCAUCCCUGGGCUCUGGAAUGAGGCUGAUAUGGAGGUGAUUGUUGGUGACUUUGGAAUUGUGGUGGUACCUCGGGAUGCUGCAGACACAGACCAAAUCAUGAACCACUCCUCAAUCCUCCGCAAGUACAAGAACAACAUCCUGGUGGUGAAAGAUGACAUCAACCAUCCCAUGUCCAUUGUCAGUUCCACUAAGAGUAGACUGGCCCUGCAGCAUGGGGAUGGACACGUGGUGGAUUACCUAACCCAACCCGUCAUUGACUACAUCCUCAAGAGUCAGCUGUAUAUCAACGCCUCUGGAUAGGCACCGUUGUCCUUGCCCCCACCCCCGUUUAUGCCCCCCAACCCUGUCACUCUGCAGCAAUCCAGUCCUUGUGCUUUACUCUCCUCCUCUUCUCCAUCACUCUUCUCCAGGUCUGUUUGUCUGUCCAUCUAUUUCUCUCUCCUCCCUUUUCAUCUUUCACUGUCUCCCACAUCGAUCUGUCCACCUCACUUGCUGACUGUAAUACCCCACAGGACAGGACUGUCCCAAGAACUAUGGUACUUGGUACAUGGAACCCCUUUCUACGGUCGUCUUUGGACAGCCUUUCUGCUUGUUCCCUGGGUUGGGGAGGGGAAAGUGCAGCCCAUAGAGGUAUAUUGAUAUCCGUUUCCCAGCAUGCUCUAGGGAGGCGGCUCUGGUGCCCACCUUCCCAGCAUGCUCUAGGGUGGUGGCUCUGGCACUCGCCCUCCUAGCAUGCCCUUUGUCACAAAGGGCUGGCCUUUUUUCCCCCCCACUUCUCAUAGACCUUAGAUGAAAUGGGCAUCUAUGGUUCUUUUUGGUUAAUCUCCACAUGCAUUCCUUUGACAUUCCUUCUGUUUUGAUGUGCUACUGCAUUCGGCCUUGGCUCUCAUUAUUGGGGGAGCCCAGCCCUUGAGGGACACCCCCAAAUAUGAACCUCAAGCAAUGAAGUGGAACACUCUUUUUUGGCCAAGAGUGAACCACUUGGGUUUUGAAGUCCCAGGAGACAGAAAAUUUCUACAAUUGUAAGUCUGGGAAUGAGUUUUUCCCCAGGACUUUGAACCUAUUUCUUCAGGUUUUGGUUUUAGGAGAUGGUUUUCCUGCUCCAAAACUGAAUAAUGACUUAACCUCUAGUUUAGACAAAGCCAGUCCUUACACAUUUUAGAAGGCCCAACCAUAGAACAUUUGGGUUAUAAUUGAACUAGAAUUAGUGAGAAGGGUGGGGACCUCAGUCAAAAAGUGUUUGUAGAGUACCCACCUCCUUCACUCAUUGUACUAAGCCCUUCUACACCAAACUAAGGCACACACCUGGAUCACUUAUGCCAAGUGAAAUCCUAAUAAUGCAGCAAUUUCUAAAAUAAAUAAGCUAAGU